GCCACCACCGGUGUGAAGGAUGCCACUCUGGGUAUUCCUCUUUGUGAUCCUCACCCUCAGCAGCAGUUCCCACUGCUCCCCUCCCCUACCCCUGCCCCUCAGGAUGCGGCGCUACGCAGACGCCAUCUUCACCAACAGCUACCGGAAGGUGCUGGGGCAGCUGUCUGCCCGCAAGCUGCUCCAGGACAUCAUGAGCAGGCAGCAGGGAGAGAGAAACCAGGAGCAAGGAACAAGAGUACGGCGUGGCCGUCAGGUAGAAAGUGUGUGGGCAGAAAAAAAGCAAAUGGCAUUGGAGAGCAUCCUGGUGGCCCUGCUGCAGAAGCACAGGAAUUCCCAAGGAUGAAGACUCCUCCUGUGGUUUAGCUAUCAAUAGUCAAAACACAACUGGACCCAGUUAAUCCUCUUUCAUUUUGGACCUACAUUUUCCUUUGUAAAUACAAUAAAAUUCCCCCUUACUGAUCUGUGUUUAAA